CUAAGCCAGGGCAUUCUGCGCCUGCGCCUGCGCCCGCCAACCCGGCGGGCCCCGGGUUCCAGGUUCGAGCUCUCCAUGUCUGAGCGUUCCAUGGGCCAGCGGCUCGGGCCACGAUGACGGAUUACAGCGAGGAGCAGCGAAACGAGCUAGAGGCUCUGGAGUCCAUCUAUCCGGACUCCUUCACAGCUCAUUUUACAGAUGGGGAAGCUGAGGCAAACAGAUUAAAUCACUUGACCAGGCUCACAAUAUUAUCAGAAAAUCCAACCAGUUUCACUAUUACUGUGACAUCUGAAGCGGGAGAAAAUGAUGAAACUGUCCAGACAACCCUUAAGUUUACUUAUGGAGAAAAAUAUCCAGAUGAAAUGCCUCGUUAUGAAAUAUUCUCCCAGGAAAAUCUAGAAGAUAAUGAUGUUUCAGAUAUAUUAAAAUUAUUAGAAUUACAAGCAGAAGAAAACCUUGGCAUGGUAAUGAUCUUCACUUUAGUAUCAGCUGUUCAAGAAAAACUAAAUGAAAUUGUAGAUCAAAUCAAAACUAGAAGAGAAGAAGAAAAGAAGCAGAAAGAAAAAGAAGCAGAAGAAGCAGAAAGGCAAUGUUUCCAUGGCACUCCUGUAACAAUUGAGAAUUUCUUAAGUUGGAAGGCCAAGUUUGAUGCAGAGCUCUUAGAAAUUAAAAGGAAAAGAAUGAAGGAAGAAGAACAAGCUGGAAAAAAUAAAUUAAGUGGAAAACAGCUAUUUGAAACAGACCACAAUCUUGACACAUCUGAUAUCCAGUUUCUGGAAGAAGCUGGUAACAGUGUGGAAGUAGAUGAAUCUUUGUUCCAAGAAAUGGAUGACUUGGAGCUGGACGAUGAAGAGGAUGAUCCUGAUUUUAAUCCAGUUGAUUUAGAGAGUGACUAAAGAUUAGACUGACAAAUGAACUGAUGGUGUCAGAAGUGUGCGAGUCCCCAUCCUUAUAUCUCCGCUUGCAGAGAAGCUGGAAUGCCACAGCAUCUGUGGCUUUGCUGAGCGUGUGUUGGUUUCCUUUUCUUUUUUCUAAGAAAAAAAUUUUAAUUUUUCAGGAGAAUAUUCUUCUGAUGACUUUCAUCAUUGUGCUUAAUAAAUUGACUUGAAAAUUUCAA